GGAGCACCGUGUGUCUCUGCGGCUCCUGCUGCUGAAGGUGUUCGGGGCCAUGUGUGGCCUGGAGGCCCCUCUCAUCUCCACCCUGCUCAACUCCAUCCUGCCCAUGGAGCUCGCCCGCGACCUGCAGACUGACACCCAAGAGCAUCAGAAGAUGUGUUACACGGCCCUGGUCCUCUCCAUGAUCUUCUGCAUGGGGGAGCAAGUACCUUAUCACCAUUAUGAGCAUUUGAACAGUGACUUUAUGCAGUUCCUCCUGGAUGUCAUAGAGGACGGCCUUCCCUCAGACCCCACUGAACAGCUGCCAGACCUCUUUAUCAACCUGGUGCUGGCCUUCAACCUCCAUCUCACUGUGCCAGCCAGUAACAUGGUCAUGAAGACUCUGAUCGAAAAACCCAAUGUGAAGAUACUGACAGAGAAAAUACUACUGCUGCUAAACCGAGGGGAUGACCCUGUGUGUGUGUUCAAGCACGAACCCCCUGCUCCCCACUCAGUGCUCAAAUUCCUUCAGGAUGUGUUCGCCAGCCGGGAGUCUGCCCAGAUCUUCUACCGCACCGACAUGAUGGUGAUGAUUGACAUCUGUGUCCGUCAGCUCUCAGACCUUUCAGACGGAGACAAGCUGAGGAUGGAGUACCUCUCUCUCAUGCAUGCCAUCAUGCGGUCCACCGACUACCUGGAGCACCAGCACCGCCUGGACGACCUGCAGUCAGCGCUGCAGAGGAUCCUGGGGGAGGAGGAGGACGAGGUGGGGGGCACCGUCCGGCAGAUGGACAAGCUCAUCGUGCAGCAGAUCUACAAAGAGUUCCCCCAGAUCUCUGCGAGCAAGUGCUGAGGCCAGGGGAGACUGGCGGCACCAGCCUCAGAUGGAAGGCAGAGCAAACUGCAGUCUGUUCCCCCUCGGGGAGAGUCGUGACGAGAACCUCCCAAAAACAGUGUUCCCAUUAGAACCAUAUCAACUGAGGGACUUGCCAAACCGAAACCGUAUCAAACAAGCUUAUCCUAUGAUCCUGUUCAUUAGAUUGAUGCAAUGAUCUCGCUAAAUCUCACUUUUAGGUCAAAAUGUGUCUGAUAAAAAAAUAACAAGUUUGCUCAUCAUAUCUACUGAUAUUGUGGGAUUGAAUGCUUUGGAUUGUUGACCGUCAGAUUAAGAGAGACAUGCAAGGUUUAAAACUCAUUUGUUUAAGUGGAUGUGCCAGGUGUGGAUGUUCCUCUAAAUGCCGGAACCAGACUGCAGUCUCUCUCCUUCCUCUGGGGGUCACGCCCCGCUGUGCUUCCUCUGUCUGCAGCAGCGGUUAAGCUUUCAUUACAUCUCAGCUUUCACUGCAGGUGUUAAUCGUAGCCAGUCGAACAUGCCUCUACAAAAACACUGACUUGGCAAUGAGGCGCAUUGCUAAACGUGAGCUCAAAGAUAAUAGUUGUGGUGAAAUGGCUUCCAUAGCAACCUGUGUUUUAACAUCUAGAGCUGUGACUUGCUGCCACUUGCUCAGCCUUAGAAACACACAGCAGACAGAUAUAUCUAUUCGCUCUAGCACGUGCUCUGUGCAUAUCUCCCUCUCUCACCCACCCCAACACACACACACACACACACACACACUUACUCUGAUUCCUGAAAUUCACCAGGCUCUACUUGCUUUACUAACUGUGUCUGUUCCUCUACCCUAAAGCACUUAAGCUCCUGCAAUACCAGCCAGCUGAUGUAAAGGGAAUGUCCUGUGUCAAGAAUACGAUAAUGUGACAGGAU